AUGGCUAGUGAGGAGAGUUUCGUAGUAUUGGUUCACCACAGAGGAUCCAUUAAGAGGAACACUCGUUCCGGUGUGAAGUUCACUGAUAAGGAUCCACUCUGUAUUAUCGUCAGGCCUACGACGAGGUAUGAGGACCUUGUUAGCUCCGUACUGCUGAAAUUUGGUCUAGAAGGUGUGAAAUGGGUUAAGAAGUUUUUUUAUCGAAUUCCAAUCACGGUGCUCCAGGAAACCGUAAAGUACGAUUGUUUCACAAUCGGGAGUGAUGAUGACUUGCAGGUCAUGUUUCAUUGUCGCCGACAGUUUUCAGAGCUCGGGGGUUCGAACCGGAAUACCACCACUUUAGCCACGGUAGCCGGUUCUAGCUCCAAACCAGCCGUUGCAUCUUCCUCCGUCCCUGCGUACGAGCCACCUGUCCAACCUGUCGCCUCCCCUUCGUUCGCUGUUGAUCUCAACGGUAGUGUAGGCGAUGAGGUCGGAGAAGGGGAAUAUCUGCGAACCUCUUUACAGUGUACUGUACCGGCUGGGGUUGGAGAUGGAUUCUUGGAUGAUCCAGAGGACGAUGAUGUCGAGGCGGAUAUGAUUGCUGAUGACAGUGGCGAUGAUGUUGGAGCAAGUGAGCCUGCUGGGGCGGGCGGUGGUUCUAGCUCUGGCACGCAGCAGUCCCUCCACAUUUUUUCUCUUUGGACUUGGAGGCCAUGA